UUCGGAACCGCUAGCCCAGAAAACUCCGAUAUCGCCUUUUUUCUGCAACCGCUGUAUCAUAAAUUAACUCCAGCGUCGUUAAGUCACUUUUUCUAACUUAAAUCAUCUUUUCUUUUCUUCCCUUUUUCCCAGCAGUAAGUUUGGCUGCGCUCAUGUUCGUGUAUUUACGGUAGAGCUCUCCACCACACGGAAGAAAGCUCUAAGCUAGCUGCCACAAACACGCAGGGAUGUAACGAUUGCCUACCACGCCGUCUUGUGUUUUGUUUCCUUUAAAAUAUCGACAUAUUGUGGAAAAACGGAGGAUUUUACACAUUCUUUUUACCUGCCUCUGACAUUAUAUCGGUGAACAUGGCUUCGUGCGUUCCCUUCCAGACACAGUUGUCCUCAAUAAUGGAGGUCCUGGUGAAGGCAGCAGUGGCACAGAUCUCCAAGCUGGUCGAUGACAAAUGUGCUUUCUUGCAUUUGGAAAUAUCCCGCAAACAAAGCGAGAAUGAAAUGCUGAAGAGGAAGCUGCUGCUGAUGGAGAGCAAGAAUGCGCAGCUGCAGCGAGGAUUCGAAAACUACAUGGAUCGAGGGACUGAUUUGGAGAGAAACCUUUCACAUCCCACCAGAAACUUAAAGUUUCCUGAGAUUGAAGGGUCCAGUGUUUCCUUCACAAUUAAGGAAGAGAGUCCAGAUGAGGCACUGUGGAUCAGUGACGCUACUGCAGCCAUUGGCAAUGCUGUCCAAUACCCUGAUAAUUGUACUGCUCCAGAGAGCCAGCAGAUAACCCAUUCAGAUGUUACCAGACACAAGCCUGCAGAGUUCAGUGGCCCAUUUAACUCUGGUCAGCAGCCAGUAGACAUCAGCAGUCUUCAGUUCACAGUAAAGACGGAGAAGGCAGAGGGCCAGCACUCCUUCAGACAGGGUGGAUGUCAGCACCGAGUGGGGAAGCAGACUCCCACUUCAGCAGACUAUCCCGUCGAUGAAAGGGAAAAUCAGCUUUGGUCAUCGAUAAUCGAAGGGAAUGAGAUCGACGCAGAUUUUCCUGACUUCUCCAGUGUGGUAGAGGAGUAUUCCAGCUCAUUCUCCGAGCAUUCGGAUGCCACAAAUAUGGUGUCCAACGCCAGCAAGUCACCCGGUGUCCAGGAGCAGUGCAAUGGGAUUUACGGCAGUGAGUAUCAGAAGGAUGGGCAGCUGUCGCAUUUCCAGCCCAGAGCGCAGGAUGCUCUGCAGCAUCAGGACAAGCAGAAGGAGCAGAUGUAUCUGCAGAGGAGCAGCUCACUCGCUGCCCAGCUGAGUCAACCUCAGGAGGACCCUGAGAGGGAGGCAGGAGGUGAGGACGGACCAAAUGUAACUCAGCCUGCUAACGCCUUCACAACAAACUGCUUCUACCCUCACACCCCCCAAAAACUGAUCAACCCCAUUUCCCGGGGCUACACCUGCUCCCAGUGCGGCAAGUCCUUCAGCCGCCUGCACCAGUUCAAGCUGCACCAGCAAAGCCACAAGAGAAAGCGCGCAUUCUGGUGCACCGUGUGCGGGAAAAGCUUUCAGUGCUCCUCUCACCUCAGCAUGCACCACCGGACGCACACGGGCGAGAAGCCAUAUGGGUGCGGCCAGUGCGGGAAGAGGUUCACGCAGCAGAGCAGCCUGAGGGUCCACCAGCGCACGCACAGCGGAGAGCGACCCUACAGCUGCUCGCAGUGUGGGAAAACCUUCAUCCUGAUGCACCAUUUGAAGCGACACCGGAUCAUUCACACGUACAGCUGAGAGGGAGGUGAAGCUUUCAAACCAAAUGAAAAAACCAAUGAACCACAGCUUGUUUUGGGUCUGACCACUUUGUUUGGUAAUGCAUAUUAAACGAUGCAGAAUCCAUCUGGAAUGGAUUUGAAGUUUUCUGCUCCAUGUUUUGAGAUGGUAAAAAUGUGACAGCGAGCUGUGUUAGACAUUUCCAAAGCUAGAAAUCCCAAAAAAAUAAAAUGUGGGACCAUCAAACGAAA